CCUCAUUUUUCUUUCGAAGUUUGUACUGAUUAUUGUAUAGUCGCAGAAAUAACGAAGUUUGGCCCACAAAUUGCCCUCAUUCAUCACCGCUUUGAGAAGUCAACAAUUUAUUCUUUCUUCUUUGACCAUGACGAAUUUGCGUUGUCGACCCCUUUCCUGGAAUCACCUCCUUAUCUCUACACUGUGCCUGUGGUCCAGUGAGAUAAUAGUGAGAGCCCAAGCAGAAGGACCCCCCACAGCCUAUUUCUUUGGAGAUAACUCCUUAUCCAUCUUUGAUUUGCCGCGCCACUUUCAAGCUUCCUACCAUCGCGCCGCAGGGAACAAGAUCAAUGUCGAACGACACAGUCCCAUUGGUGCUACAUUGAGUACCCAUGUCAACUACAUGCUGACUGAUCCCAGCGCUCCCGACUUUCACGAUGGCAACAAUUAUCGAUGGAUGAUUCUCCAGGAACACGGCGAUAUUCCAGCGCUACCCACGUGGCGUGCCAAUAGUACCGUGGCAGCACAAACCUUGCACUCCUACGCCGAAGAUGCCUUGGUAGUACGCACCAUGUUCCUCAUGACAUGGGGACGGCGCAAUGGGUUUGUGGGAAAUGGGGUCGAAUACGCAGACUUUAUCUCGCACAAUCAAGCCAUGCUCGAGGGAUACCUACAAUACAUUAGCGCUACUUCCACACCCGCCAGUCCCACCUUUGUGGCUCCUGUGGGUCUUGUGUUUGAGACAAUCUACAAUGACUGUCUCAAUGCCAACAUUGAUCCAUUGAGCGACGAUUGUCUCUUUAGUCGUCUUUUUUCAGGCGACACCAACUACCCAUCCAUGCAAGGAACCUAUGUUGCAGGCUUGACGGUAGCCACCGCCAUUACCGGAUACGAUCCCUUGCGACAAAUGUGGCUCCCAGAUAUUGAUGAUUACGACUUUGAUCCUGACGAUGCCUUUGUCAUUCGACAUGCGGUCAGCCGAACCAUUCUCGAAACCUUCUACUCGGGGCUCAUUCAGUAUCCUUGGUACGAAGCAUGGCCCACGGCGGCACCCACUUCGUCUCCCACAAAGCAUCCCACCACCGCUCCUUCUGAGUCUCCUAGCGACAUGCCAUCCUUGUGGCCCAGUGAUGCUCCAUCGGAUGUCCCCUCCAUGGUACCUUCAGAUGUACCAUCCAGCGUCCCGUCGGACCAACCUUCAAUGGUACCUUCCAGCCAACCAUCGUCGGUUCCUUCGUUAUCGCCCUCAACGCAGCCAUCGGACAUUCCGUCCAGCGUCCCAUCGGAUGCCCCGUCGGAUGUUCCAUCCAUGGUACCUACAUUGUAUCCCAGCGCACCACCCAGCCUGGCUCCUACUGGUGAACCAUCCGCCAUGCCAUCCGAUGCCCCGUCGGAUGUUCCCUCCAUGGUGCCCAGUGACCAGCCCUCCUCAGUGCCCACAGUGGCACCGACAUCAAAAACUGGAAUGCCCUCUGCAAGUCCCACAGGGGCGCCCACUGCGCCUAUGCCAUCGGCAGCUCCAUCCGCGUGGGUGUUGGAACUCCACGUGGACAAUGACAGUGACGUGUCGCGCAACAGCGACUCGGACAUGCCUCCUCCCAUGUUUGACCCUCGAAAUUCGGGUGCCGGCGAGGAGGGAUCAACCACAGGUGGCAGCGAGGAAGAGAACGCUACCAGUGGCUGUCGCCAUCCAUCUUCGCUACUUGCGGCGGCAGUAGCGGCAUCCAUCAUGUUGCUCCAAAUCAUUGUGCAAUGA